AUGUCUUGGGCAGACGACAUCGACGACGAUGUCGCCGGUGACGCCCCCAAGGUCGAAGAGCGUGAGGAGCCCAAUGGGAUUCGCGUCACAGUCGAGUACCGUACGAAUCCCGAAGGCAAGCGCGUCAAGGUCACCCGCCGUGUGCGCCGCACCACCGUCAAGACGACAGUCAACGCCGCCGAGGCGGAGCGUAAGCAGAAGUGGGUCAAGUUUGGCGCCGAGAAGAACCGUGCUGCUGGCCCUCAUUCCUCCACCACCACGGUGGGUGAGAAUGUGCAACUCAAGCUCCAAGCUUCGCGCGGCGACGGGGCGGCAAAGGAGGAGGAGAAGGACGAAAUGGAGAGCAUGAGGCAGCAGCUGGCCAACAAGGCUAUCAGCUGUCGUUUGUGCAAGGGCGGGCAUUUCACUUCCAAGUGCCCCUACAGGGACACGCUGGAGACGAUCCCUGGUGCCGAGGGAGGACCGGAGGAGGGGAACCUUACGGCUGCGGCAGUGGACCCUUCCAACCCUGCAGUCGCGGCUGCUGGCCUCGCUGGACCAUCAAGUGGAGCAGGAGCAGGUGGAGCAGGCGGCAAGUACGUCCCACCCUCAAUGCGUGCCGGAGCCAACCGCACAGGAGAGCGAAUGGGCGGCCCCCCUGGUGGCGGUCUCUCCCGCGACGAUCUCCCCACACUUCGUGUCACCAACCUCAGCGAAGAUGCGGACGAUGAGGACCUGCGCAUGCUCUUCUCGCGAUUCGGGCGGGUCAUUCGUGUCUACGUGGGCAGGGACAGAGAGACGGGCGCGUGCAAGGGCUUCGCCUUUGUAUCGUUUGAGAGUAGGGAAGAUGCCGAUCGUGCCAGGCAGAGGGUCGAUGGCAAGGGCUACGACAACUUGAUCUUGAGCGUCAACUGGAGUAUCCCGAAGGGGGAGAGGCCUGAGGGAGGACAGAGGCCAUAG